CCAUGUUGUGGGAUCUCCGGGGUUUGUAUUCUCCAGGCUCCCGGACGGAUCUACUGUGUGAGGCGUGAAGGGGCGGCGAGUCCCCGGUGUGAGCGGAGUGUGAGCAGAGUGUGCUGCCCGGCUGUGAGCGGGGUCCUAGUGCCCGCCGCCCCGGUGACUGUGUGAUCCCGUGUCUGCCCGGUGACAGCCCUCCAGCCGGCGGCCGUUGCUCCGGUGUGAGCGUUAUCUAGGUCCGGGCCGCCCCGUGCCCGGCGGUGAGUGUGAGCGGGGUCCGGGCCCCCUCCGGGCGGGCACCAUGAGCACCGGCUGCGACCUGUCCCGCAGGAACCCGCAGGAGGACUUCGAGCUCAUCCAGAGGAUUGGCAGCGGCACCUAUGGCGAUGUGUACAAGGCCCGGAAUGUUAACACUGGAGAGUUGGCUGCAAUUAAGGUUAUUAAGCUGGAACCAGGUGAAGAUUUUGCUGUGGUGCAGCAGGAGAUUAUUAUGAUGAAAGACUGCAAACACACAAACAUUGUAGCGUAUUUUGGCAGCUACCUACGACGGGAUAAGCUGUGGAUAUGCAUGGAGUUUUGUGGAGGGGGAUCCUUACAAGAUAUUUAUCAUGUAACUGGACCUUUGUCGGAACAGCAGAUUGCAUAUGUUUCCAGGGAAACUCUGCAGGGGCUGUAUUAUCUGCAUAAUAAAGGGAAAAUGCACAGAGACAUAAAGGGAGCAAAUAUCCUACUAACGGAUAAUGGACAUGUAAAACUGGCUGAUUUUGGUGUAUCUGCUCAAAUCACAGCAACAAUUGCAAAACGAAAGUCUUUUAUCGGAACUCCAUAUUGGAUGGCCCCAGAAGUGGCUGCUGUUGAGAGGAAAGGUGGAUACAAUCAGUUAUGUGAUAUUUGGGCAGUUGGAAUAACAUCUAUAGAACUUGCAGAACUUCAACCCCCCAUGUUUGACUUGCAUCCAAUGAGGGCUUUGUUUCUCAUGACAAAAAGCAACUUUCAACCACCCAAGUUAAAAGAUAAGAUGAAAUGGUCAAAUAAUUUUCAUCAUUUUGUCAAAAUGGCACUCACAAAAAACCCUAAAAAAAGGCCAACAGCAGAAAAAUUGUUACAGCAUCCAUUCGUUACACAGCCUUUAAACCGCACUCUUGCCAUAGAAUUACUGGAUAAGGUGAAUAAUCCGGACCACUCCAUUUUCCACGACUUUGAUGAUGAUGAUCCAGAGCCACCAGUUGUUGUUCCUCACAGAAUUCACUCAACAAGUAGGAGCGUGAGAGAAGAAAAAACCCGAUCGGAAAUUAAUUUUGGCCAAGUAAAGUUCGACCCACCCUUGAGAAAGGAGACCGAACCACACCAUGAGCUGCUCGACAGGGACGAUUUUUUGGACAGUGCAGAGGACAUAUACUACACUGCAAGAUCUAAUCUGGAUUUACAGUUAGACUACGGGCAAGGACCUCAGAGCGGAUACUUUCUUGGUGCAAACAAGAGUCUUCUGAAAUCAGUGGAAGAAGAGUUGCACCAGCGGGGACAUGUGGCACAUUUAGAAGAUGAUGAGGAUGAUGAUGAAUCUAAACAUUCAACAAUAAAACCGAAGGUGCCACCUCCAUUGCCACCAAAGCCAAAGUCAAUAUUCAUACCUCAAGAAGUGAAUGCGUCCGAAGAAGAAAAUCAAGGAACAAUCAAGAGGUGUCCUGUCUCCGAGAGUCCAGGACGGCCAACUUCAUAUGUCCCUCCCAGACCUCCCCCACCGCGGUUACCAUCCUAUAAGCAGAAUGCUUUAGGUAAUGGAGUGGGUUCAAUACAACUUAAUGGGGACCGGGAUUCAUCUUCACUAUCCCAGAUUGAAAAUAGGACAUCUAAAUCGCUGAGUGUGCCUACAAGGAAAGAGAAGAAGGAUGUUCCGAAACCAAUCAGUAAUGGACUUCCGCCAACCCCUCAAGUACAUAUGGGAGCAUGUUUUUCGAAAGUAUUCAAUGGUUGUCCUUUGAAGAUUCAUUGUGCAACAUCCUGGAUAAAUCCCGAAACAAGAGAUCAGUACCUAAUAUUUGGAGCCGAAGAAGGUAUUUACACCUUAAAUCUUAAUGAACUGCACGAAACCUCAAUGGAACAGCUUUUCCCUAGAAGAUGUACCUGGCUAUAUGUGAUGAAUAACUGCCUGCUCUCUAUUUCCGGUAAAGCUUCACAGCUCUAUUCACACAAUCUCCCAGGUCUGUUUGAUUAUGCAAGACAAAUGCAGAAAUUGCCUGUCGCUAUACCAGCUCACAAACUUCCUGACCGGAUACUGCCCAGGAAGUUUGCUGUUUCUGCGAAAAUUCCCGAUACCAAAUGGUGUCAAAAGUGCUGUGUUGUGAGGAAUCCAUACACAAGUCAUAAAUACCUGUGUGGAGCUCUCCAGUCCAGCAUUAUACUGUUAGAGUGGGUUGAACAAAUGCAGAAGUUCAUGUUAAUUAAGCACAUAGACUUCCCCCUGCCGUGUCCCCUCAUGAUGUUGGAGAUGCUUGUUGUGCCUGAGCAGGAGUACCCCUUGGUCUGUGUCAGUGUUAGUAAAGGAACAGAUUUCAACCAAGUUGUUCGGUUUGAGACGGUAAACCCUAACUCUACGUCUUCAUGGUUCACUGAGACAGAUACCCCGCAGUCAGACAUUAUACAUGUAACCCAGUUGGAAAGGGACACGAUUCUUGUCUGCCUGGAUCGUGGUAUAAAGAUUGUUAAUCUCCAAGGAAGAUUAAAAUCUAGCCGGAAGUUGUCUUCAGAACUUACGUUUGAUUUUCAAAUUGAAUCCAUCGUUUGCCUACAAGACAGUGUUCUUGCUUUUUGGAAGCAUGGGAUGCAAGGAAGAAGCUUCAGAUCAAAUGAAAUAACUCAAGAAAUCUCUGAUAACACAAGAAUAUUCAGACUGCUUGGUUCUGACAGGGUUGUCGUUUUGGAAAGCCGGCCUACGGACAACCCGACAGCCAACAGCAACCUUUAUAUUCUGGCAGGUCAUGAAAACAGCUACUGAAACAUGCCAUUUUGUUGAUGACCAAGAAAACACUAUUGCCACAAUGUUAACAGAAUCUUCAAGUCAGAUAAACGUCACAAAAGCAUUGUGGACACUUUUUUUUUAUAUAUAGAUAUAUGGGUAUAUAAAUAUAUAUAAAUAAUUUAUUGAGGCAUGAGACAAAGAUGAGGAAAAUGUUGCCAGGAUGUGGUAUCAGAUACACGUAUUAAAACGCUCCUACACAAGUGCUACAUUCACAAUGAUGUAAUCUUUGUACAGAUAAGUAGUAUUAUUUCUUUACCCUGCUGCUGUGGCUGUAACUUCAUAUUGCUCAAGACCUUUGCAAAAGUCCUUAUGUAGAUAGCGAUCCUUUAAUGAAGUACAAGUGUCUUAAUUGUACAGAUGUAAAGGUUGUCAGGAAACAAUGCUGCGGGGGUUUAAGGGCGGAUAUUGGAAAACCUUUUCCUUCUCCUAAGGCUAGUCUAAGUAAAAAAAAGCAGCCAUUUUGGAAAAGGAACACAUUGCAUUUAUUAACACUAUUGUAUUUUUUAUUCUAUGUAAUUUAGUAAUGCCAAUAUACAUUUUUGUAAUUUUGAAAAGAAAAGGAUAAAAAAAAGGAAGGAAAAAAAAAAAAGACUAUAGCUCAGAUGUAAGCAUUUUUAUGAUACCUUUAAAUUUAAUGCAAGUACACUGGUGUUUUAUUUGCACAAAGUAUUGUCAUGUGAUGUAAUGCGUCACAGAGUUAGAAGAAGACUGCUGUGAAAACGCAUCAGCUUCUGCUUAUUAAUAUAUAUCUUUUUGGGGGGGGUUUCGCUUGGCACGGUUAUUUGAAGGGAUGAUAACCAACCAGCACAGUUUCUGGAAUUCAUAUAUAAAAUAAAUAAUAUGCAGGCUCUUGCAGAUAAUGCACAGCAUCAGGUUAAUCCUAAUAUAGCCCAAGUAGUGUCAUCAAAAUGUCUGAGUUCAGUAGACCAGAAAGGAAACACGGAAAGUAUUUCAGUGUCAUCCCUCUUAAAAAAACACCAUUCGGGUGUACAACAUAAGCCUCACUUCAGGUCAUAUUAAGAUUAUCCUGGUUGUGGACAUUAGCUGCAAUAUAGGCCACCAAUUGAUAUAUGAAUGAAGACAGCUCCAGUGCUCCUUGAGCCAUCUGCUGCAAGCAGAAAUGUUGGCAAACUGGCUUUCUAGACUUUUGUCAGUAUUGGGAACACCAGAGCUCUCUGAUGUGUUUUGUCUUUUUUUUUUUUUUUUUUAAUAUAUAAAAUGAUUUGACGUAGCUGUAUGUGUAAAUUCAAGAUUUUAAAGUGGAUCUGUCAUUCACAGAACACGUGGAUGAUAAGGCUUUAGGUAAGUAUUAAAAUUUAGUUUGUAUUAUAAAUAUAUUAUCAAAGUGAAAUUUCCAGCAAAUAUAUUGAUUAAAUGUAAUACCUGGUAUUUGCUAUGGACAUCAUGUGGGUCCAUGCAUUCUCACAAUGCCUAAAGGGACACAUGUAACAUUAUGAGUGUGCACUGAUUAAAGCACCAGAUUUAAAAUUUCCACCGACGGUAUAGAGGUAUAGGCUAAGCCAAAAAUAAAAUGUAAUUUAGAUAUUUGCUAGUAAUUUGGAUAGCACACUUGUCUACAAAUGUGCCACCAUGUCAUAUUUGCAUGACAGCUGCACUUUAAGAUGGAUAGACAUUCAAUAUUUCAACCAUGCACCGAGCACAUCAAACAUUCCUUAUAUUGAAAGCUAUUAUUUGAAUGCUAUGUCUUUCUGUUGUUUGCCUUAUUUUGUCCUAUAGGAUGCUUGUAAACAUGUGGCCAAAAUAAUUUAGCUACUACCUCAUGCAGAUAGACUAAUGGAGACUUUGCAACAAAGAAGCUGUUUGAUUUUUUUUUUUUAAAUGGGAUUGGCAAAUUUAUUUAGACCCUUAACAUUGCAUUAAACUCUGAAGCAGCCAUUGGACGGCUUCACUUUGUCCGACAAUGAUGAUCGAGACUUAUACAAACUGCUCCCUUCAUGAGUGAACAUAAAUGUUGAUAGCAUGCAGUCUAAAUGUUAAAAUAACAGGAUCUAUCGAGAGAAAGGUAUCCUUGAUGGACCAAUGGGAAAUCAUCACAGUUACUGUUUCCAGCUUCCUUUCGGGUCCUAGGUCUCUGUGUAGAAGUAAUUCUUUAGCUCCCAAUACGUAUCUGGAAUAUUUCCCCUCUUUUUUUUUUUUUUUUUCUAACUGCUACCUGAGAAAUCAAUGCCCCACUCCACCUAGAUGAAUCUUUGCCAAUGCGACCGCCAAUGUUCUUGAAAUGCUAAUUAUAAAAAUCCCCAAACAGCUCUAUAAACAUUCCAGACUAGAGUUUAUAAUAAUGCACUUUUAGCAACAUUGCACCAUAUUUAGCCUUGAAAGCAUUGCAUUGUUUUUCAUUAAAGGUCACUUCAUCCAACCAUUGAACUGGAUCUUAAUGAGACUGAGAAAUUGCUCAAAUUAUAUAUUUCUUGUCAGGUACAUAACUUGAGAUAUUGACGUAUUUGGGCUUGACAAACAAUUCAAAAUUCAUCAUUUCAGGAACCGUUUCCAAAGUCUGUUAAACCCAUAUAAAAACCCCUUCAAUUCUUGUUAAUAGAGGCGAGUUUUGAAAGGGCUACUACCAAUUCCCCUGAGGAUGCAGUUUGAGUUCUAGCUUUGGACUACUGCUGAAUAUCCAUUUCCACAGGCCUGUGAGAUAUGGAGGAGAGCAGCAUAAGGUCUGUGCUCCAACGUGAACAAAUAUAAUUUCUCUUUCCCAUACUUGCAGCAUGUUAUCAUGUCAAAUCCCGGCCCAUCCAGUCCAUAAUACCAAGUGCCAGAGUGGUAGCAGGCAAGAAAGCUCUGUGCCAUCGAGGAACUAAAUCUGUUUCUUACCCAGCUAAAGCACUAGAUAGGGACAUAUUUUGAUCAGGGUGCAGUCUUACUGGGCUCUCUUAGCUUUUGUGGAACAGCUGCAACUGUAUUUCCUGCAUCUGUUGUUGCUGUCUCGGUGCUUUAUGUUCGGCACUGUCGGCCAUAUUUGUUUUUCUCCAUUGCAUUUCAUUACAAAAAAGUAUGCAUCUGUACUAAGCAGGUGAAUUUAUUGAAACAGGCCAUUUUCACUGUAUCAGGAAGACCAUUUUUGUAAAAUUAACACGUGCAUAUUUUUGUUUUCUGCAAAAUGUUGUGAGUUUGAACACUAAUCAAAGUGAAACAGCUGUAGUUGAUGUAUGGUAUAUAUUCUUGAUGUGCUAAUGCUUUUGGAUACAUUAAAGAAUGUGUGUGUGUAUAUACUGUAAAAUAAAAAAGAUUUUU